AUGGAUACAACAAAAGUUUCAGAAACUAUCACAGAAGGUGAAGAAGGGAUGAGCAAGAAGUACAAGGAGUUGGUGUUGUCUCUUCCAUGCGCUAAAUUUUGGGAUCAUAUCCUCUACAAAUAUCAAGGUUAUUGGAUGCCAUCCAGACAGUUGAACGGUAUAAUCUCCUUCCAAAAAUACUUCAAAGCUCAAAAUUCCGAUAUCAUUUUAUGCACUUUUCCAAAAUCUGGCACUACAUGGUUGAAAGCUCUUGUGUAUACUACUCUUAACCGUUCUCACUGUGCCCCCAAUAGUGCCACUCACCCUCUCCUCGCAUGUAAUCCUCACAAUCUUGUUCCUUACUUUGAGAUGCAAAUUUAUGGUGAUGAAAAUGAAAAUCCUAAUCUAGAAAACCUACCUAAUCCAAGAAUUUUCGCUACUCAUCUUCCAUUCUCACUAUUGCCACCAAGCAUCUCAUAUUCCAAUUGCCGCAUUGUAUAUAUAUGUCGAAAUCCUUUGGAUCAACUUAUCUCCUAUUGGUAUUUUUUUACAAGUCCAAGUCCAAACUACAACGAGACAAAUUCUAUUGAAGAGCUAGUCAAGAUGUUUGAAGAAGGAAUAUGUAUGUAUGGGCCAUUUUGGGACCAUGUUUUAGAGUAUUGGAAUAAGAGCAUUGAGAGAAAAGAUAGGAUUUUGUUUCUUUAUUAUGAAGAUUUGAAAGAAGAUAUUAUAAGUCAAUCUAUUAGGCUAGCAGAUUUCCUGGGAUUACCAUUUUCUGAGGAAGAAAAAGACAAAGGAGUGAUAGAAGAUAUAUCAAGGUUAUGUAGCUUUAGAAAUUUGAAAGAAUUGGAGGUGAACAAAAGUGAAGACCUUUGGCCAGGAGUACCAAACAAUAUAUUUUUCAGGAAAGGGGAGGUGGGAGACUGGGUUAAUCAUCUAAGCCCAGCAAUGGUAGAAAAAAUAAAGAAGCUUGUGGAAGAAAAAUUCAAGGAUUCUGGAAUUACUUUUAAAAUGACUUCGGAUGUGAAGAUGGAUUAG